GUUCAGAGUCCGUUGAGACAAACACACAAGAUACUAAACUAGAACAAGACUUUUGCUUUUUCAGUUUGACUUCGCCUCACGCAGCGCGCACCGCUCCGCUUGGUCUUACGUGCCUGUGGAUCUUGUGCGUAAUUUGGAUACUGAACUUUGGAGACGUUUUGAGGACCUGCACGGUUCUGUCUGAGGACACCAUGGCGCGGCUGCUACUGCCGUGUGUCGCGCUCCUUCUGUGCGCGCAGACGGUUUUCCCAUCCGGCGUUUUCGAACUGAGAAUCGAUUCCUUCAGCAGUUCAAGAGGAAUUUGCUCCUCGUCUGACUGCCAGGUGUUUUUUCGUAUCUGCCUCAAACACACGCAGGACGUUAUCAACCCUGAACCCCCUUGCACCUAUGGCACCAAACUCACCGACAUCUACAACGUCAACUCCAUCUCGGGAAAUGCCCUCAUAGUGAUCCCCUUCCAUUUCAGAUGGCCAGGUACCUUCUCUCUCAUUGUUGAAGCGUGGAAAGCUGAAUCUGCUGAGUCUGAAUCUACAGAAAACCAAAACAACCUCAUCACUCGUUUGCUGACUGGCCGUACUCUCAGUGUUGGGCAGGAGUGGUCUCAGGAUGUUCACUACGGCGACAGCACAGAAUUACACUUCUCCUAUCACGUCAUGUGUAGCGAAUUUUAUCACGGUGAAGCUUGUGCCUACUGUCGACCUCGGAACGACACUUUUGGCCACUACACCUGCGACGAAGAAGGGGCUCGCCAAUGCCUAGAGGGAUGGACCGGUGAAUACUGCUCCGAUCCCAUCUGUGCGCCCGGCUGCAGCGAUCUCCACGGUUACUGCGAGGCGCCGGGCGAAUGUGUGUGUCGCCAGGGGUGGCAGGGAGAGAGGUGUGAUGAGUGUGCACGUCAUCCCGGGUGUAUGCACGGGACCUGCAACCAACCCUGGCAAUGCAACUGCAAGGAGGGAUGGGGAGGGCUGUACUGUGAUCAAGAUCUGAAUUACUGCACCAACCACAAACCGUGCCAGAACGAUGCCACAUGCACCAACACCGGACAAGGAAGCUAUACAUGCGCGUGCAAGCCUGGAUUCACCGGUACCAACUGUGAGAUUGAGAUUAACGAAUGUGAUAGCAACCAAUGCAAAAAUGGAGGCAGCUGCAACGAUUUGGUGAAUGACUACACCUGCACGUGUCCUCAAGGUUUCUAUGGAAAAAAUUGCGAGAUCAGUGCGAUGACAUGUGCCGAUGAGCCUUGUUUUAAUGGAGGGACUUGCGUAGAGAUUGAGAGCGGUGGAUAUAGCUGCAGAUGCUUUCCCGGUUUCACUGGCUCCAACUGUGAGAAAAAACUUGAUCGUUGCAGUUCGAACCCCUGUGCUAACGGUGCUCAGUGCUUGGAUGUCGGAAGCCACUUUAUGUGCCGUUGCCGUCCUGGAUUUUCUGGACUUAAAUGCGAAACUAAUAUUGACGACUGUGCCAGCGAUCCGUGCAAAAACUCUGGCACCUGUAUCGACGGUAUCAACGACUACACGUGCACCUGUACUCUCGGCUACACCGGGAAAGACUGCUCCGUUUGGGAUAGUCCUUGCACCAACUUCCCUUGUGACAACGGUGGAACAUGCUACGCCCAUUUUACCGGUCCCGUCUGCCAAUGCCCCGCUGGUUACAUGGGAACUAGAUGCGAAUUCAAAGUCCAGAUUGAGACACAGGUGCCUAAAGUAGCGUCUUCUCCUACCCCAAUCUUGAUGGUAGCUUUUGCUUUGGGUUUUGUCACUCUAGCUUUAAUGAUGGCAGCUGCAGUUUUCAUCCUUCGUCAGUUGCGUAAAGGAUCGCAAUUGGCUGCAACUACGUCUGUGAAAAAUGAUUUGGAAAACGUAAACAAUCGGAAUGCCGUAGUCGGAGGUGGGACCCACAACAACGGAGCUAGCCUUAAGGAAAAAGAGGUAUUCCUGAUUCCUGGACCCCAUGCUAAAGUCUCCAACAAGAAAGCAGCGCUGGAAAAGGCAGGUGAUAACUACAAAAACAAGAUGGUGGACUGCAAUUUGGCGAAAGAUGACAAAAAUAAAUUUGACUUUAAAAAGCGCGAUUCGACUAUCUUUGUUCCCCAGCUGAAUGUCGGGAAAGAAAACUUGUAUCACCCUAUUUAUAUAAUCCCGGACCAAUUGGACCAGUGUGUUAUUGCUACUGAGGUUUAACAGUGUCUCAACCUCAACGUUUUGAAACUUCUGUUUUGAACGUCUAGCGAUACACUUUUUUUCUACAGACUUUUUUUAAAAUUUAAUAUUUAUUGCUGCUGACAGACAACAAGAAACGGGCCUUACUGUCUGGCCAUUUUUGCACUAUUUAUCUUUUAUACCAUAAAUCCUAAUAUAAUUUUUUUAUUUUUUAUUUUUUAUAUUGGGUUUUUUUUUUUUACAUGGAUCGAAAUACGGAUUGUGCCAUUGUAAAGACUGGUGCCUUAGGAAAAGCUAUGAAAAAUGCUGUGAUUUUUGAACUGUUAAACAAGCGUAAAACAGCAUUUGAAUCAACAGAGGAUCGCUGGAUAUAGUGAUCACCUUUGGAGGCCUUUAUAUGGAAAAUCAAAACUUACAUUGUGGCCUGAUUAAGACCAAGAUGCCUUAAAAUCACGGUUGAGUUCUACAAUGAUGCAUAAGUGCCUCUGUGGAAGAAAUCUAAAAGAGAAAUGGACCCAGUUGCUAGCAAUCGUCAAUGAAAGAUAAUCGGCUUUUGACAAUGUUUCGAUUGUUCCUGAACUACACAUGAGAUCCAGUUAUUUAGGGCUCUGUCGAAGUCCAAGCGUUGCCACAUCUACUGUUGAGUAUUUUUAAAAAGAAGACGUUUCUUUGACCCAAACGAUACCAAAAAUCUAUGUUCUAUGUUCGUCUUGUUCGUGUUAAUUUAUGGAGACAAUGCAAUGUGUAAAUACUUGAGAAUAUAGCUUACCUCUAUUUAAUUUGACCUGUACAUUACGUGGUAUUUAUGAAACGUGUACAUACGUCUAUGUUAUUGUCUUCGUCCAAAUCAAGAAGUAUAUUUUUUCAUAAAUAAAUUUAAAAAUAACAUUAA